AUGCCGUUACAAAAAACAGCUAGAACGGAAUCAAAAGGGCCUAAGGCAAAGACAGAGCCCAGCUUGGAAGGAUUAACUGAUGCUUCGCAACAGAACCAGUUACCUCCACCAAAAGAUAAAAAGAGACACCUGUUUCGAUUUGGAAGGAAGAAAAGUCGAUCAGAUAUGGGAGCUGCUAGCCUUUUUACCACGACUCCAGUGAAAUCUAUGAAUACAGACAAUACUGAUACAUCAUCUAUUUUUGCACCGCGUAAAAGGUCAAAAGAUUAUGAGAACAGUAUUCACAGCUUUACUCAAAAUGAAGCACCUACGACGGAUGACACUAAUAACAACAACAAUAAGGCUGCAAAUAACUACGAACGAAAAAAAUCUGGAACUUCAAACAGCUCGAAAGGCAAAGAGAGAGAGAAAUCAGAAGGCAACAUUUUCUUUUUAUCCGAUGAUGGAACGCAAAAUAAACCUCUUGAAUUGGAUCAAAAUUUCAAUUCUUUAGACGAGAUCAUUAAUCCUGAGUAUCGUAACGGGAGACGAAGGACAUCAGUUACGCCGCAAGGCACAGGGCAAUCAGAUAGUAAUGCAGAGCAUUGGGCACCUCCUGACAGUUGGGCUGUGCAGCCUGCAGAUGGCAACCUUGUUACAGCUGAAGAUGAAUUCCAAACGCCAGCAGUGGUGAUGAAGAAUGAGCCAUCAGAUUAUUUUCCUGUUGUUGAGCAUGAGAAUUGGAAUAUACCUAGCAAAAACUAUUGUAUCCGAAUUUUUCGACCUGAUGGUACUUUUGGUACUUUAAUCGCACCGUUGAAUACUACAACAAACGAACUCAUCCAAAGGCUUGCUGGAAAAUUCUUUUUACACGAUCUCAGCAAAUACAGACUAAGUUUACUCAUUCAUAAUAAUGAGCGAGUAUUAGAGCCUAAUGAACAUCCCAUACAGAUUCAAAAAGCCUUACUAGAACAGAUAGGCUAUACGGAAGAAGAUAGAAUUGAAGAUGUUGGAAGAGAAGACAACUCGUAUCUGUACCGUUUCGAAUUUGGUCCCAAUGUUGCUCAAACCGUACAAGAAGAAGACUUGGGGAAUUAUAGACGCGUGGAUCUCCAAGCACGAAAUAUGUCAACUGUACCUAUCUUCCUUUACAAAUACGCUUCAAAAAUCACAUCACUGGAUCUCUCUAGAAAUUUGUUGAUCGAAAUACCAGCAGAUUUUUUGCAGAUGUGUAAGAACCUUAAAAAACUAUGGUUAACAAAUAACGAGUAUAAAACACUGCCUUCAUCGCUGCAUUGCAUUCCCUACCUGGAACAUUUGAAUAUAUCUGGCAAUAAGCUUCAAGAUCUCCAGUCAGCGCAUCUUGAAGAACUCACUGCAUUACGCACAUUACGAGCCUAUAAUAACAGCCUCAAAACGUUACCGGAAUCUUUUGCUAGCUUACAACAACUGAGCAUCUUAUUUAUAUCCAACAACUCUUUUCGAAAGUUUCCUGAAGUCAUUUGUAAGAUCACCAGCCUUGCUUAUCUUGAUAUCAGCUUCAAUAAGAUUACCUCUUUUCCUGACGAAAUAUGCAACUUGACACAGCUCGUCGGCUUAUUUGCUACUGCUAAUCGUUUAAGAGGACGGUUGCCUUCAGGCAUAUCAAAAUUGGAGAAAUUACAAGAGCUGGAUUUAAGGCAGAAUGAAAUUACUGACCUGGAUGAGCUUUAUCUCUUGCCUAAACUGGAAAUUAUUUCUAUCGAUUAUAAUGCGAUCAGUUUUGUCAACUAUAAUUUCCAGCAUUUACGGCAAUUGAAAAUGUCCAAAAACCACUUGACACAAUUCACAUUAUCCACUGCUGAUUUAAUCAAUUCGAAUGGAACGUUAACAAGUACGAAAAGUACAUUGACAAGCUUGAACCUUGCCAACUGCAAGUUAGCAUCCUUGCCCGAUGAUCUGUUCAAAAGCGCAGUUGCACUCGAACAACUUAUACUGGACAAUAAUAGUUUAAGCUCACUACCGACGAGUAUAGGCGCUUUAACGAAACUCUUGCGUCUGUCCGUUCAGGGAAAUAAUCUGGAAUCACUGCCAUCCAAUAUUCACAAGCUGACUGAAUUGAAAGUAUUAGAUGCUCAGAAGAAUAACUUAAAGUCAUUACCACGAGAAAUAUGGCUUUGUGUAUCUUUACAGACGUUAAACUGCUCAUCCAACUUACUGGAAGCCUUUCCUGAACCAUAUUCACCCUCGACGCCAGCAUCGUCUGGGAACGAUCUUCCUGCGGAAACAGCAGCGUCCUUCAAUGCUGGCCAAGGCACGUUGCCGGUACCGAUGACAGAUAAUACAGCCUUCCAUUCACCCGUAGGUUAUCCUAUGGAUGGUGACAAGACCAAUGAAGGUAAUCAAGCCAACAACAAUCUUCUUUCCUGUGGAUUCCAGCCACCGCCCAACUUCAACCCACCUUCCUUUUUUGCCAGUCCCCGCAAUCACCCUCCCCCUCUUUCACUGUCAUUGAGAUAUCUCUUUCUCGGUGAUAAUCGAUUUACGGAUGAUAUAUGGUCACCCUUGUCCUUGUUCCUUGAAUUGCGAACGCUCAACCUGUGUUUCAACGAUCUCUAUGAAAUUCCACCGGAAGGCCUUUGCCACCAGCACCUUUAUGAACUCUAUCUGUCGGGUAAUCACUUGGCUUCCCUUCCAGCCGACGAUCUGGAAAAGCUCAGUUAUCUGCGUGUACUAGCUGUCAACGGCAAUAAACUGCAAACUUUACCUGCGGAAAUCGGCAAACUACGCAAAUUGUUAGUGUUGGACGUUGCCAACAAUGUGCUUAAAUAUAAUAUAUCCAAUUGGCCGUAUGAUUGGAACUGGAACUGGAACUUGGGCUUGAAAUACCUUAAUCUAUCGGGCAACAAGCGUUUAGAAAUCAAAAGGGCACAUCCUGAAAUGCAAAACCCCAAGGAGAAAAACUUGUCCGACUUUAGUGCGUUGGUACGGUUGCGUAUGCUCGGUUUGAUGGAUGUCACGAUCCUUGGGGUUUCCACACCCGAGGAAUACCACGACCGUCGUGUACGUACGUCACCUUCUGAAGUGAACAGUAUGGCUUAUGGUGUAGCGGAUUGGCUUGGACCGAGUGAUCACUUGGCCACGUGGGAUCUUGUCAUGCCGCGCUUUAGAAAUAGGGACGAUGAAUGUUUCUUUGGAUUGUUUGAUGGACGCAAACAUAUGAAAACAGGAUGUCGUAUGACACGUUAUCUGAAUGAUAACAUGACCUACCAUUUUAUGAACGAACUCGAAAAGACAAAAAAUGAUGACACGAUCGUAUCGGCCAUUCGACGCACAUUUUUAGCACUGGAAAAAGAGUUUGGAUCGUUUGACAACGAGGAUAAGGAUUUAGGGGCAUCGGCACUGAUCUGUUAUAUCGCAGGUACGAAACUCUACGUCGGCAAUGUGGGUGACGCAUUGGCUGUCCUGUCUCGUAACAAUGGGCAAGCGCUUGAAAUUACGCAAAAACAUAUACCAUUGAAUCCGAGUGAAAUCUCACGUAUCCGAGCGGCCGGAGGCUACGUGUCUAAUUCUGGGCUCUUGAAUGACGAACUGAAUGUUUCACGAAGUUUUGGCUAUUACCAUUUGAUUCCCGUGGUGAACGCGAAUCCUUAUAUUUCGACGAUUGAUUUAGCAGAGAAUGAUGAAUUUGUUAUCAUGGCGUCCCGUGGAUUAUGGGAUCGUAUUUCUUAUCAGACCGCUGUCGAUAUCGCGCGUACGGAGAAAGAUGACCUCAUGAUAGCAGCACAGAAACUCCGUGAUUUUGCUUUAACGUAUGGUGCUGACGAUAAUGUGAUGGUGAUGAUUAUUGGUGUGGGCGAUCUCUUUAAUAAACGAGACAAACGCUUCCGCCAUUUGCGUGGGUUGAAUCUCGGUACGGGACGCGCCGGUCCGACGGACCUUGUGAUGGAGGAAGCGAUUGGCACGCCGAGCAUGAUGGUCAAGACGAAGCGUCGCAUGAAGGAUGAGUCACCAAGCGAUUCUAUUUUGGCAAGGUUGGAUCGCGAGGUGCCUCCGCCUACGAAUCAAGUGGCGCUCGUGUUUACGGAUAUCAAGAGCUCCACGUUGCUAUGGGAUACACAGCCGGAAGACAUGCGAUCGGCUAUCAAGAUUCACGAUGCGAUUAUGCGACGAACACUGCGUAGCAUUGGAGGCUAUGAAGUGAAAACCGAAGGAGAUGCGUUUAUGGUGUGUUUCCAGGAUACGGUGGCGGCACUUUUAUGGUGCUUUACAGUACAGCUGCAACUUUUAGAGGCAGAUUGGCCUGCUGGCAUUUUGGAAACGGAAGAAGGACGGGAGAUAAAAAAGGAAGGUCAGAUCAUCUAUCGCGGAUUAUCUGUACGCAUGGGCAUUCAUAUUGGUAUACCCGUUUAUGAAAGAAACCCGAUUACGAAGCGAAUGGAUUAUUUUGGCCCUGUCGUCAACAAGGCAAGUCGUAUUUGUAACGCAGCAGACGGUGGGCAAAUCUGUGUCUCUUCCGACGUGAUUGCUGCUCUUCGCGAAAUGCCUGGUGUGCUGAACGACGAUGCUACGACUCCGUCAGCGGAAGAGGCGGCGAUCAUCAGCUCUCAUUCCUUGGGCCGCGACAUCCAGCAGAUCAAGAGGCUUGGUUUCCAUGUGGUUGAGUUGGGCGAACGUCGUCUCAAAGGUUUAGAAACUCCAGAAAUGCUCUGUCUCGUGUUUCCUAAAGCGUUGGCAGGACGUAUGGAAAUGGAAAAGAAUGAUAUCAUGGCGUCCACCACACCUGUGCUCACCACGUCCACGCCACAAAUCGAAGAGACGCUUUCCGAGCCAUCGACGCUGCAUAAGAGCGACUUGCUCACUGUAGAUAAUACCCCACAGCUUUCUCCUCAGCGAAGAGAUUCGAAUGACAUACAACCCUCACCGUCACCCACACCGCCCGCUCGCUGUUUGAAUCGUCAAAUUGAUCCCAAUUUUGUCAUCUCUUUAAGUAAUUUAGCCAUACGUUUAGAGUCUAUCACAACAGGCACGGUGGCGGACACUUCAUUAUAUACACGCUUCAAUAUACCCCCUGGAUUACCCAAUCUGACCCAUCAACAUAUUCUAACCACCCAAUCUCAAUACUCGGAAGCUUUCAACAAAAGAAUGCAUGAGGUCGCCACCGAUGAAGAAUUGCUUAUGCUUAUGGAAAACUUUAUUACGAGAAUAGAGAAUGCUGCUGCUUCCUUAUACUUGAAGAAGUUGGGCAAGUUUUCAGGUGUAUUAGAAAGACUAGGAGAAGCCAUAGAAAUAGAUCCAUCUCAUAUUUUGAGGGCUUUACAAAUCUAUUCAGAAGUAUCUCAUCUUGAUGAAAACAAAUAA